AUGGAUUUCCCUGAAUUUAAAAUUAAAAACAUUACUCGAAACUGUACUAAGGGAGGGGAGAACUACCUUUAUUUUUUUGAGUUGGAAGAAGUUAUUAGAGUGGAUGAUAAUGAGAUUAGCCAGGUCGGAGUUAAGGCUAAUACUAAUAUCUUAAAUAGUCCCAUUGAAGAAGAAUUUUUGAUAAAGGGAAGUCAUGUUAAAAUUACUAAUGUAAGAAAAACGCCUUAUGGUGUGCAAGAUUACAGAAUUAUAGGAACUACUCCUGCAAAAACUUUACUUAUUGAAAGAACUUGUGAAAUUAAUGUUGAUUUAAGAGGAGCAGAAAGAAUUUGUUUACAUAUUAGGAAUGGUUUUGAUUUUCAUACUGACCUAGUUCACAACCUUUUUAUUUGUCCUGCUGAUGGUUAUUCGGUUGGCCGAGGAGUGAUUAAUAGUGAAGGAUUAGAAACUAUUACUGACACUAUUGUAAAUUACAUGAGCAACCACCAAGGAGAGUUUAGUUUGAAAAGGAAUAGAUUGACCUACAAUGCCUACGGUGUAGGAGAAGAGCAAGCAGCGAGAAUGAGAUAUAUAGAAAAAGGAACGGGAGCACAACACCGCUGUCUGUUUCCUAAAUUUUUCUCAGAACAGCACUAUGAAAGAAUGAAAAAUGCCUUAGGGGAUAAUGUUGCCUGCAAG